ACAUGCUUAUCACACACACCACACACACUCAUCACAAACACACUCCUCACACACACACACAUCACACACACCCCACAUGCUCAUCACACACACCACACACACUCUUCACACGUGAUCAUUACACACAUGCUCAUCACACACACUCAUCACACACUCAUCACACACACAUCACAUAUGCUCAUCACACACAUGCUCAUCACAAACGCUCAUCACACACACAUGCUUAUCACACACACCACACACACAUACACACUCACCACACACCACACAUAUGCUCAUCACACACGCUUAUCACACACUUGCUUAUCACACAACACCACACACACAGUCAUCAUACACACUCACCACACACACCACACAUAUGCUUAUCACACAUGCUCAUCACACACAUUCAUCACACACCACACACAUGUUCACACACUCAUCACACACACCACACACACGUUCAUCACACACUCAUCGCACAUAUGCCACACACAUGCUCAUCACACACACCACACAGACAUCUUACACACUCAUCACACACACCACACAUAUGCUCAUCACACUUGCUCAUCACACACAUUCUCACACACCACACAUGUGUUCACACACUCAUCACACACAUUCAUCACACACACCACACAUGUUCAUCACACACUCAUCACACACACCACACAUGUUCAUCACACACAUGCUCAUCACACAUGCUUAUCACACACAUGCCACACAAGCUCAUUAUGCACACUCGUCACACACACACCAUGCACACUCAUCACACACACUCAUCACAAAUGCACUCAUCACACACGAUCAUCACACACAUCACACACCACACACACGCUUAUCAUGCAUACUCAUCAUAUGCACCCCACACACAGUCACACGCACACAGGCCAGACACCACAUAUGCCAGCACACUCAUCACACACACCCACACACAGUCACACACACACAGGCCAGACACCACACACGCCAGCACACUCAUCACACACACCCCACACACAGUCACACACACACAUGCCAGACACCACACACGUCACACCAUAUAUACACUCAACCAUCACACGCACACACACCACACACACAAACUCAUCACACAUACACCUGCACACACAGCCACACACACUGGGCCAUCACACAAACACCAUGCACCACACACACACUCAUCACACACACACACACCCCCCCCACACACAAACCCAAUCACCUCACACACCCAUCCACCCCCAUCACAGCCCCCACCUCUGCUGAAUGGAGCCCCACCAUCCUUCAAUGGGCAGCGGGCACCUCGUCGUCCUUGACGUGCCCCAUCGCACUUCCCUCUCCCGCCCACGAGGACCUCGGUAAUGUCGCCCCUGAAACUGCUGCAGAACCUGGAGCCCAUUGUGAUGCAGAAUUGGAAUCCCAGCUCAGCCCCCUGCACACUUGAUUGCCCGGAGAAAUGCCUUAUUCCUGAGAGCCCCUUGGUUCUUCUCCGUCUCCGGUUAGCAAUCCUAUGAAGUCAAUCUGCCGCUAGGAACCCAGCUCCUGUGUGUGCACAUUGAGGCCCCGGGCCUGGUCACCACCCACAGAGACCCCCCAUGGCACAGCAGGGAGUGUUUUCCACAGCCCCAGCUGCACCCCACUUCCAGCUUGCCUCUGGAAACAACCACGAAUAGCAGGGCGGCACCAGAAGGUAGGCCUUUAGGGAGAACAAACACAGGCCUCCACCCUCAGACAAACACAGGCCUCCACCCUCAGAUGAACACAGGCCUCCACCCUCAGACGAACACAGGCCUCCACCCUCAGACGAAAACAGGUCUCCACCCUCAGAUGAACACAGUCCUCCACCCUCAGAAACAGAAGCUCCACAGAGCCCCCAAGGGACCCUGGGGCACCCUGGAAGCAUCCAUUGCAUACUGGAGCCACCUCAAGAGCCAUGGGGCCUGGAGCCCCGGGAUUCUGGGAAAGGUCUCCCUGGAGGCACAUUGGAAUAAAUGUGUGUAGCUGUGAAACCCCCCUUUACAU